GUUGUGUGCUGUAAAAUGGCAAGUUAUUUUUUCCUUAUGUAUUGUCGUAAAAGCAUAGAUAAAGUGUGUUUAUAUUACAGUGACAUUGAUGAUGAUGUACAAAGCUUGAAACAAUUCUCUACGGAGGUGAUAGUUGCUUGCGCUGUUAGAUGUAUCAAAACUAUCAUUGGUGAUGUUGAUCUACCCAAUGCUCUUCCCCAGGCAAUGUCUGCCAAGUUCAGAAUGGGAACCACACUUGCUAAUCAUCUACAGGAACUUGGUUACCGUGGUGAUGUUGGUUACCAGACAUUUUUAUAUUCUAGUGAAGCUGAUAUUAGGAAAAUAUUCAUGUUUCUUGUUGACAAACUUCCCAAAGAAACAGUGGAAACAACUGAAGAAACUUUAGGUUCAUCUGUGUUACUACAGAGAAGUAUAGCGAAUACAUUAGCUAGACAAUUGUCAUCACCAUGGGUACCACCUUACCUCAAACAUAGAGGUAUAACCUGGCGAGGUAAACCUCCAACAUGGCAAAGAGAGGGCACAUGUUGUAUGUUUCAUUUCCAUUCCAUGCAUUUAACAUCACCAGAGGGUUCAGCUGAUCUCACUAAGAAAAUACCUAAAGCUUUGAAGUCCUACUACCAGUCUAGUCUUCCAUAUGUAACAUGCCAAACUUUAGACCAUAAUGACUUAAUACCAUCCCUGCUUGAGGCAAAUGCAGCAGACGUCACUGCACAACAAGAAUGGGAAACAGAAUGGAACCAGUCUGGCCUAGCAUCUAGACUGUCUCAACAGGAAUACAGGGAUAGAAAGCGUCAGCGGAUAAAUAAACGAAUUACUGACCAACUACGACAAGAUCGUCAACGUAGUGAAGCUGCAUCGGGCAGUGGCGUGUCCCAGGACCUGCAGCAGAUUCUCGCUUCUAUCAGUGGCCGUGGCUCCGGUGCUGCCAAAACCAAAGGCUCGCGUUUCACACAUACUGAAAAAUUAUUAUUUGCCAAGGAUGAAGAUAAAGCAAUAUCAGAAGUACAAGUUCAAGCUUCUGCAGGGCAGACAGAGGAGGAAAAACAAAAGGAAAGAGAAGAUGAGGUCAACUCGCUUAAAGAGGAACUGAACAAUUUGACCUCUCGUCUUGACAACCUUGAUCUUGAGGUGAAAAAAUUUACUGCCAGUAUUCAACAAAUGGGUGAGGAGAUAGCCAAUCAGAAUAGAGCAAAUGCUGAGAAAGAAGACGGAUAUAAAGUGAAGAAGCGGACGCUAGAUUUAUUACCUGAUGCAGAGAAUAAUAUAGCUAAGUUACAGACUGUUGUAGAUUCAAGUGCACAAAGGUUAAUAACUUUAGCGAGUCAGUGGGAGAAACAUAGGGCUCCUCUCAUAGACCAGUUCAGAAAUUUGAAGGAACUUAGUUCUAAAACUGAGUCUGAGGCCCAGCUGAAAUUGGAGGAAAUUAAAGAGUUUAGAAAAAAGAUGAAACAAGUUCAGGAUGAGGCCAGAAAUAAAGAGGAGCUUGCCAAACAACUGCAUUCUGAGUAUGAAAGAAUGACCAAAGAUGUGAAUAGGUCGGCAUACACUAAGCGUAUUAUGGAAAUUGUAGGCAAUAUUAAAAAACAGAAAAUGGAAAUUGAUAAGGUACUGGUAGAUACUAGGACAGUUCAGAAAGAGAUUAAUCAACUAUCGGGCAAGCUGGAUCGUCAGUUCACAGUCACAGAUGAACUUAUAUUUAGAGAUGCGAAGAAGGACGAGUCUGUUAAGAAAGCAUACAGAUACCUGGCAGCAUUACAUGAGAGUUGUGAGUUACUUAUAAAAACAGUAGAAGAGACUGGUGUGAUUAUGAGAGAGAUAAGAGAACUUGAGGACCAGAGUGAAACUGAGAGCAAUAAGAAGGUGCUAGCUAACUUAGAGAAAAUUACUGGUGAUUAUCUACAGAUGAAGAAAGAAAAUGAUGCACUUGUAAAGAAAUUAAAGGGAAAAUCCUAGUGAUGAGACAAUCUAGACCUACCUGAAAAAUAUUCUCAAUAUAAAAUAAUUAAUUUUUCCCCUGAAUAUACCAGCAUUGAUACUUAAUUCAUCUAGAUAUGCUUGAUGACUUUUUGUAAUAUAUUUUAAAGAUGCACUACAUCAAUCUGAUAAAUCCUUAUAAAUCAGUUCUUGUAAUACUUCGAUAAAACUUCAUUAAUGAUUUCUUUUUUCAUUUCACUUCAAAUUUUUGUAUCAAAUUGAUUAAAAUGUGAUUAUGUAAUAAACCAAUAUUUUCAUUUCCUUUAGCAUUUAAGAAGUUUCCAUUUUAACAUUUUUUAAUAAGAUAAAUGUUAUGUAAAUUACAUAACUGCAGUGCUUAAAAUUUGCAUGAGAAUUACAUGUUUUCUUGUGAUAAAAAUGUAUGAAGUAUUGCUGCACGUUUUUCCAUUCCAUUACAUUGAAAAGUGACUAGUUCAUCAAUAGAAUUUAUCAAAAAUAAAAAUUUAUUUAUU